AUGAAAUAGCCAAGUGUACGGACAUUUUGACAAUACAAAAAUUGGAAUAACCUAGGUUAUCAUAUCACCUGCCUGGAGCACACUGGUAUGGCUAGGGCCACAAGCCGGAACAUUUGAUUUUUUUAAUGAGAAGGAACUACAUGCAGAGUGCAAAAGCUUCGUUUAGCCCACCACGUGCUACUCUCCGCUGCAUCAGGCACUACCGCGCGCAGUCGGCUGUGGCACUCGGCAGAGGGAUUUUCACACCGACGCAAAGCGUGGGGAACUACUGGAGGUUGUGUUUUCCCCUGUGGGCUAAUCAUUUAAAACUAUUUCUAAUACGCGGGGUCUUUCAUGGUGGGCUAACGAAACUUUUCCAAUCGAACGUAGGCUAAUUUAUGAAAAGCUACAUAUUUUUGCUGGAUAUUCUUCUGAGACAACAGUCAACCUCCACAAGUUUGCACCUCCCGGCUUGUAAGUAACAAGUGGCAUCGUACCGCUCCCCGAAACGCUCUCUGCUCCCAAAAAAAGUGACCAGGACGAGAAGCAGGGGUCACACCCAGGUUUGGCAGUUUGGCAGUGGUGGAGAACAGAGUCCAGAGUGGAGUCCAGGUGCUUUACAGCACGGGAACGCUUUCAGGCAGAACCCAUCAUUCAGUCGCAGCACCGGUGCAGCCUCCAGCAACUCCCACCCCUUCUUACGAGAUCCUCCCCUCCCUCCAGACUCGCGCCAGAGCAAAACAAGGCUCCGAACCAGAGGAGAGCAUCAGUAGAAUGUCCAGUGGAUCCAAUGUAGACGGCGACGCGCUGAGGAUCUAAUUUGUUUUUGUUUGUCUAAAACGGACAUCACACUGGCAUGGGACUCUCGCUCACGUCUACGCCGGGCACUCCUCCGCCUCCGGUCAGUGCCCUGAGGAGCAGCCAUGCUCCUGCCUACUGACGCGGCCCCCUCUUCCCUCCCUGGUCCUGGUCCCCCCGGCUGCCCCCAGCCAUGCCUCUGCACGAGGGGGAGCUCCCGCUGCCCGGCACCUCCCCCACCCUGGACAGCAUCUACAUCGGCCUGGAGCUGCUCAUCGCACUGCUGGCCGUAGCGGGCAACGUGCUGGUCUGCUGGGCCGUGUGCCUUAACAGCAACCUGCAGAGCAUCACCAACUACUUUGUGGUGUCGCUGGCCGUGGCUGACAUCGCCGUGGGCCUGCUGGCCAUCCCGUUCGCCGUGGCCAUCAGCACGGGCUUCUGCUCGCACUUCCACGGCUGCCUGUUCAUCGCCUGCUUCGUGCUGGUGCUGACGCAGAGCUCCAUCUUCAGCCUGCUGGCCAUCGCCAUCGACCGCUACAUUGCCAUCAAGAUCCCCCUCAGGUACAACAGUCUGGUGACUGGCCGAAGAGCCAAGGGCAUUAUCGCCAUUUGCUGGAUACUCUCUGUUGUCAUCGGCCUGACACCAAUGUUGGGGUGGCACAAACAACGGCAAAACAUCACUGCCGUUGCCAACACCAAUGCCAACACCAAUGCCAACACCAAUGCAUCAGUCUGCCCAGCGGGCACGACCAAGUGCCUGUUUGAGGACGUGGUCAGCAUGGACUACAUGGUCUACUUCAACUUCUUCAGCUGCGUGCUGGCGCCCCUCCUGGCCAUGCUGGCCAUCUACACACGCAUCUUCAUGGCCGCUCGGCGGCAGCUGCGGCUCAUGGAGCUCAAGCUGGCGAACGUGCCCCGCCACAUCCACCAGAUGGGGGACUGCCCCACGACCACCUCCUCCGCCUCCUCCUCCACCUCGCGCUCCACACUCCAGAAGGAGGUCCACGCGGCCAAGUGCCUGGCCAUCAUCGUGGGCCUGUUCGCCGUGUGCUGGCUGCCCGUACACAUCCUCAACUGCUUGACCUUCUUCUGCGGGCCGUAUCAACGGCCUCCGUGGGUUAUGUACCUGGCCAUCAUCCUCUCGCACGGCAACUCGGUGGUCAACCCGUUCAUUUACGCGUACCGAAUCCGCGAGUUCCGCCACACGUUCCGGCGGAUCAUCCGGCAGAAACUCCUGGGCCAGGGCAUGCGGCUAGGCGGGCUGGGAGGAGGUGCAAUCAGCCGGAUCGGCACCAACACGUCGCCGGCGGUCAGCAUGGUCGACUCCACUUGCACAGUGGUGAACGGCUAUGCGCUGGAGCCCAGCCCCAAGCUAGGUCCAGCGCCUCAAGAUGGCCGCCGGCCGGGUUACCUGGAGGAGGGCUCCACGGGUCUUCCCCGCUGGGACGGCAGCCUGGGUGUGCCGCAUGUGGGCUACGCGAACAAUGGCCAUGGUGCCGGCUCUGACGUCACCAGUGGCAGUGGCUUCCUGCACAGGCCCCAGCUGACCCCACAGAAUGCCCACUACGCCAGGAGCUGUCCCUGGCGACACGAGCACGAGCACCAGCACGAGGGCAGCCCGCUGCCCAGGGCAGCCGAGGUCGUGGAAGUGAAGGAUUGUGGGACAGUUUCACCAACAGACGUCAGAUCACUGUUCUCCAUAAGGACUAACCUCACCACUGAGCUCACGCGGGUCUCGUGAUAUCACAGUGGUCCUGAUGACUAGAUGAAGGAAACCGUUAAAGUGAACCACUAAAAUCCGCACAAUACUGGUGUGGUGGACUCUGGGUGGACUACAUGACCAGGUCAGGGUGUGGUGGACAACUUGAGACAUUCAGUCAUGGAUAUUUUAUACCACAUUCGUCAUGAACUUGGGCCUGACCAUUGAUAGCACAUAGACACUUGUAUCUGCUCUGCAAAAACUCAUAGGAAACUGAUGUACUGUGAAGUAUUCUCAUUUCUAUUCUCAACACUGGCUUUACACAGACCAGGUGAACAAUGAACAAGCUCUCCCCCAGAUUACUUAUUGACUAUGGAUUGUCCUUCGACUUUUGAGUCUUUGCACUUGUCAUCGAUCAUAUUGACUGACCGUUCUAAGUAAGCAUGUUUAUUGUAUCUCAGUCCCUGACAGCAUCUUGUUUUUGUGUUGACUAUAUGUGAGCAAAUAUACCAUUUGAACUAUGA